AUGGCGUUUGCAAGGGCGGCAAGAAGACCUGUUGGAGUCUUUAUAGAAACUGCUAGAAGUAGAUUUAGCUGUAGAAAUGAGUACUCUACAGUGGCAAGCAAAUUGGAAAGUCUGUCUCAGUUCAGGAGCUCUGUAUUGGCCGGAAACGCAAGCCCCGUUUUUGGUUAUGGGAAGUUCUUGCGGAGUUUUAGCUCGGAGGCUCCUGCUGUAGACCAAAUGAGCCUCAUCAAGCAACUGAGGCAAAGAACUAGUGCUCCCAUUAAAGAUGUCAAGGCUUCUCUAGUUGAAUGCAAUUGGGAUCUUGAGGCUGCUCAGAAGGAUUUGAGAAAGAGAGGAAAAGUUUUGGCUUCGAAAAAGUCAUCGCGGACAGCUGCAGAGGGAAUGCUCGCUGUUGCCCAAAACGAAGGGAAAAUUGCUGUUAUUGAACUAAACUGCGAGACAGACUUUGUUGCUAGAAACGACAUUUUCCAGUACUUGGCAUUAGCUAUGGCAAAACGUGCUUUGCUGGUUGAGAAUAGUUCUCAGCAAGUUUCCGGUGUCUUCCCCUUUGGGCCUGAGAUUUUUGAGGAGUUGAAGCUCGAUCUUGAUCAUCCUAAAGUGAAUGGUGAAACCACGGUUUCAAACGCUGUCACAGAAGUAGCUGCGAUAAUGGGAGAGAAUGUGAAAUUCAGGAGAGGUUUCUUGCUGUCUAAAUCCUCAGCAGGCGUCCUUUCUGCAUACCUCCACACAAGUCCCCAACCAGGGUUGGGUCGUAUAGCUGGGAUUGUAUCUCUAGAGGUAGAAGGUGAAAACACUCAGCUAGAGGCUAUUCAGCGUGUAGGCUCAGAACUGGCCAUGCAUGUUGUAGCAGCAAAGCCUCUGUUUUUAAGCAAAGACCUUGUUUCCUCAGAAGCCAUAGCAAACGAACGCGAGAUUCUAAAGUCUCAGGCAGAAAGUACAGCCAAGUCUCAGAUGGCUGUAGAGAAGAUGGUGGAAGGCCGUCUCCGUAAAUACUUUGAAGAAGUUGCUUUAAUGGAGCAAAAGUUCAUUGUCAACGACGCUAUAAACAUCAAGACAUUGGUGGAUAAUUUGUCCAAGGAGGUUGGUUCACCGGUGAAGGUUACAAAUUUUCUGAGAGUCGAGGUUGGGGAAGGAAUCGAAAGGCUUGAAGCAGCAUCUGAUGAACCGGUUGCACAAACUGCUUGA